AGCUAUAAAAAGGAACCGGUUUAACGGUACACGUGAGCCGCAGAUCAGUAUUGCGAUUUAGCGCUAUAUAUAGGCUGGCAGAACAAGAAUUUCACCCCUAACAAGCCUACUAGAGCAGGCAGUUUUUAAAAGCAGUGUUUCACACUUGCGGAUUUGACAACCAUUUGGCCGUCGAUCGAGAGAUUAUUUUUAUCACGAUGAAAGCAACAGUAAUGGCUGUAGUCUGUGUCGCUGCGUGCUUGAGCAUCCGUGCAAGUGCAAUAUCGCCGUACGGAUUAGAAAGGUCGCGGUUUCACAAGAAACGAUUGUGGAACAGUGUCGAUGUUAAUGACCUCCACAAGUAUGACCUUGACGAUGACCCCCAGGGCUAUUGUGGUUACCUAACUCAACCCAUGGACCACUUUGACCCUCUGGUCAACAAGCAUUUCAACCAGCGCUACUGGGUCGUUGACAAGUACUGGAAAUCCAAGAGCCAUCCAGUCUUCCUGUACGAGGGAGCGGAAGGGGAACUGUUGUUGGACGAGGUGGCAAAUGGCCAUCACGCUGAAAUGGCGCAAGCUCAUGGCGCCCUCAUCCUUGGGUUUGAGCACCGUUUCUAUGGCAACAGCACCACCAAGGAAGGACUGUUACUGAGCGAAUUGCAGUACCUCUCCAGCCAGCAGCAACUGGCCGAUCUGUCGGUGUUUCGCGUCUUCGCAGAGAAGAAGUUGGGCAUGUCCGGCACCAACACUUGGAUUGUGAUUGGGGGUUCGUACGCAGGCGCCUUGUCAGCUUGGUUUAGAUUGAAGUACCCCCAUCUAGUGUAUGGCUCUGUAGCCUCGUCAGCUCCCGUGCGCGCUCAGGCCAACUUCGAAGGGUACAACGAAGUGGUAGCCGCCAGCUUUGCAGACCCGAUCGUGUUUGGUUCGGAACAGUGCGUCGCCAGCAUCAGACAAGGCUUUGGCAAGAUUGAGCAAAUGAAACAGGCAGGCGAACUCGCCCAAAUCGUCAAAGACUUCAACACCUGCCAGAAUAUGACUGACCCCAACGACUUCAAGACCUUCGCCAGCGAUCUCCAAGGCAAUUUCAUGAGUGCUGCACAGUUCAAUCAAGUCGAAGGAAACGUCUCAAGCAUCGGGUCAUUGUGUCAACAAAUGAUGGUUCCAGAUCCGUAUCAGGCUCUAGUCAAAAUGUUUAACUCAGGAAACUGUUUGGAUGUUUCAUUUAAAGACUUCCUCACAAUGCUGACAGACGUCACCUUUGAUCCCGGCGAUUUUUAUCGACAGUGGUUCUAUCAAACUUGCACUCAGUUCGGAUACUAUCAUACUUGUGACAAGAACACAACGUGCAUGUUCCUACCAGAAGUCGAUCUGGACUACUACUUUGCCUGGUGUAAAGGUGGAUACAACAUCCCGUCCUUUGAUGUAUUGGAACAAGUGAACUUCACCAAUGCGUACUACGGAGCGGACAACCCUACAGGAACAAGAGUGGUCUUUGUUGAUGGUACCAUUGAUCCGUGGCACGCCCUGAGCGUACUGAAAGAUCUACCAGAGGGUCUCAAGUCCGUAUUCAUGAAAGGCACCUCUCACUGCGCGGAUAUGCAUCCCUCUCUGCCUGGCGAUGCCCCGGCACUCAAGGCGGGCAGACUGGAGAUUGAAAAGAUCGUCAGCGGCUGGCUGAUGCAGGCGGAAAUGGAAAAGAGACAAAAAUAGAUGCGCUCUUCGUUAAGAAAUGAGAAGAAGUUUAACAUUGCGACAUAAUGUAGCCUAACUGCAACCUAAUUAUUCAGGUGACUGAGCAAGAAUUAAUUGAAAUAAUCGAUCGACUCUAAUUUCUCUUGAUAUAGCACAUAUCCUUAACACUAGAGUAAACGCUCACAAGUGUCUAUGCGAGAUAGGUACAGCGAGAUAGGCACAGAGGACACUAGAACACUACAGGAUUUCCCUCUCUGACAUGGGCUUCGAUAGCUGCAAGGGGUGUGCUUGCCCCCCCCCCCCC